UUAAUAGUAUUAAUGAGGUUGGCAUUAAGAUUAACUGUAUGUCUGUGUGUCCCAGUGUUCUGUCUAAUAAUAAUGGCGAAAGGUGACAGUGCCAAAAGUACAUGCAGCAUGGAAAUGUUUGAUGGAGAUUUUAGUGCAUAUAUGGCAUGUAAAACGCAGUUUGCUCUGCAGUCUAACUGGUGGCCGUCACCUAUAGCAGGUUUACUCAGUUUCCAGGCAUGGAAUAGUAUUAGUGCAUUUUGGGAGAAUGGAAUUAUUCUAGAAACGUAUGCAAAUUUUGUGGCAUUUGUUGGAAACAAUACCAGAUAUAGAGGCAUAAUAAAAUCAUCAAAUCGUAAUUUACUCUCUUUAAAGCAGGCUUACGGGCCUAUCCCAUCCUUUGAUGAUAUGGCAUGGUAUGCGCUUAGUUUUGCCAGAAUUUACGAAAUUUUUGGGUGGAAUGAUUUUCUUAUUAAUAGUGUGGAUGUCUUUGACUGGCUUUGGAAGACAGCCUGGGACUCCAAUGGAACAUGCAGUGGUGGAAUGUGGUGGAAUAAUGGAUAUCGACAAAAGGUGACAAUAACAAAUACAAUAAGUCUUCAGGCAGCAGGAAAACUUUAUCGUUUUACGAACGACACUAAAUACCUACAUCAAAUGCAUGAAAUAUGGAAUUAUCUUCUACGAAAUGGUAUAGUUGACAAUUCAACAUAUCUAAUACAUGAUGGUCCUACGUCUAACUGUACCGGAAAUGAUUUUAUUGGACCUACCUAUUUGAGCGGAACGGUAAUUGGAGGAUUAGUAGAGUUCUACAAAAUAUACAAAAACGAAACUUAUUUAGAUCUUGCAAACAAAAUAGCACAAGCUGAACUCCGAAAUUCUACGAACAGGUCAUCAGGAAUUCUUACUGAAUAUUGCGAACCUCACUGUAAUGACGACCAGAAAGUAUUCAAGGGGAUAUUCGUCCGAAAUUUACGAUAUUUAAUUGGCGUAAUGAAUGAUGGGAAACAGAAAGAGGAAUAUCAGAGAUAUUUAUACCAUAACGUGAUAGGAAUUGUGCAGUAUAGUAUAUGUGAUAAACAUCCGAUUCAAAACUGUAAUAUUGUAUUCAAAUAUGGACCUCCAUAUUAUAAUGAAUCAGGUCCUGUGUUUGCCCCAAACUGGAAUGGACCCUUCACACUUGGUUGGCCAAUGCAGCAGGUCGCAGCUUUAGACUUGUUUAUUUCUGCCAUACAACCAGGAACAACAUGUAAAGGGGAAUUUUGUGACUUCAAUCCGUACUACCCUCCCCCUCAACCAUUGACCUGCAAUGACAAACCCUGUCCUCCGGAUCAACCAUGCUGUAAAUAUACUCCUUCUCAAUCGUAUACAUGUUGUGGUUCAAACCAGAAAUGUGUCAGUGGAAUUUGUACAUAGUUUUUUAUUAUGAAUAAGUAUAAAGUUUUGAUGAAUACUAACGUUUGACAUUCAUUUAAGUUCCAACAAAACGUGUUUAUCAUGAACUUAUGAGACCAAAAAUAGAUGAAAACAUCAACACCAAAAGGAUAUUAGUAGAAAAGCCAAAACCGUUUAAGGUCCGAUUUGCAUGAAAAGUGUCGUUAUGUAAAACGACAUAGUUUUGUAACUGAAAAGAAAGAGACAACAUGUAUCAUUUAUAUCACAUUGGCUACUUGGCAGAAUAGAAAAUGGAAAAUUUAAUUUUAAACCAGGCAAUUUACAAUUUGUAUGGCAUUCAAAUUUAAAUACUAAGGCCUAUGUACUUAAAGGUACAUAACACUUCAAAAGAGUUAUAUAGUACUAUUAGCUAGUAAGUGUUUGUUAGAUGGCUGAUAAGACUCGCCAACAUAUUUUAGGCCACGAACGAAACAUAACAGAAUAAAAAUGACAUUCGAACAUAUGAAAGACAUAUUAACGGAAUAUUUUGUUUUUCUUUUUGGUCGUUUUGCUGUUAAAAGCUGUAAACAACGAACGUGCAAAAAUGCUUAGCACUCCGUCUAUAUAGAAAUCUCGGAGAUAACGUACCCAUAAGGCAUAUACCGAUCUGGCGUGACUGAUCAUUUAUAUAUUUAAAUAGUCGGAUUGAUCUGGUGUGACUGAUCAUUUAUAUAUUUAAAUAGUCGGAUUGAUCUGGCGUGACUGAUCAUUUAUAUAUUUAAAUAGUCGGAUUGCUCUGACGUCUGACGGCCUUAUUUUAGGACUUGGUUCAGGCAUUGGAACGCGCAGUUUGCCGACCCAGACUUGGCUAGUUUCUAUCUCGAAAUAUUUUUUUUAACAUAAAAUCGUCCAAAAAUAGUAUAGUAUUUUUUGCAAUUAUGCCUCAUUCCUUUCUAAAAUCCUGAAUCCGCCCCUGAAUAUGAUAACUAACCCCGCCGACAUCUUUAUGUGUCUGUCCCAGGAGCUUGAAAUCCAAUGGUUGUUGUUGAUUGCUGUAUGCCAUAAUAGUGUUUCGUUUAUUGUUGUAGUAUAAAUCAAUCGGGGUUUUUUUCUUUUUUCUUUUUUUUUCACAUUUUGUCCUCUUUCAUAGCUAUGUUCGCGAUAUGAGUUUUACUCAUCAUUGAAGGUCGUACGUUGACCCAUAAUUCUUCACAUCUUUGUUAUUUAGUCUUUUGGGAUAGUUAUUUCAUUGGCAAUUAUACCACAUCUUAUUCAUAAGUUUUAGUUUUAAUGUAACACAAAUUUAAUCGUAUGGACAAAUGUAGGGAUCAACUUUUAAAAACAUUACAAAUAAUAUAUAUUCUCUAAAACCAAUAAAUAAUGAUACCUAGAAAACAUGUUACAAACAAAUAGCAAUUGCAAGUAUGUAUGGUAGAAUUGGCUAACAUGUUUGAUUGGUUAACGUCCAGUUAUUUUACAUGCAAACUAAAUAUUAUUUCUUUGAAACAAUGAGAUUGUUUGAUGAACGAUUUAUUUGAAAUUAAUUCUUUAAACAGAAAAUAAAAUAGACCUAAAUCGGAAGUGAAGGGUGCCAUUUAUUUAACUACCAUUGGAAUAUCCUAGUACAAAAUUGAUCGGUUACUGGAAAAAAAUUAGCCGAACGUUAACGGUUAAGUAAUGGGUGGUUGUUGCCUUUUACGGAAAAAAAAUGAACGCAACAAGAAAGGGAAAACAGUCGGUUCCCAUAGGAAUAGAUAAACAAUGCUUAUUCCACAAACACAAAAACAUAUUAUUCUUUUGACAAAGAUUGUAUUGAAACUUUUAAUGUUGACAUGGUUUUGUACAAAAUAAUAAAAAAAAAGUAUCUAGUACUUAGAAAAUAUAUCAAAAGUUUAUAACUAUUGUAUUUGUUCCAAGAGAUAAAGUGAAUUACUAUGGUUAUGUAAAAAUUAAAAUAUGUAUCAACAUUAAAUGUGUGAAAU